AGUUUAUGCUUUUGCUGUUAACUUGUUCGCUGGAUUCGGGAUUUAUCAGUCUCUAGGGUUACUAAAUUACAGAACUCCAAUUGAGAAUUUUGACCAUUACAAGCUUUCUAAAUGCAUGCCCCUGUAGAUCCAAGGCGGGCUUUCGUCGGCUUAAACUCUGUCUGAAAAGUGGUUGAUUUCUGAAUAUUCUCAUUGUAUCGUUUCAACAUUUCUCUAUUUUUCCUCCUCCCGGUCAUUUGCUCCAUAAUUUGCAUGAGGACUCUCGAGAAAUAAUGCAUGUCCGUGCUUCAUUUUCUUCUUUCAAUCAAGUACAAUAUGUAGUGGUUUCGUCAAUCAAAGUGAAUACAUCCAAUGCUUGUAGAGAAUUCUUUAUUGUCAUAGCUAGGCGAAGACAAACAUAUCCAAAGCUGAGACAACCAUAAAAUGGAGUGCAACAAAGAUGAGGCAGUUAGGGCCAAAGAACUAGCAGAAAAGAAAUUUUCAGAAAGGGAAUAUGCUGGUGCAAAAAAGCUUGCCCUCAAGGCUCUAAAUCUUUGUCCUACAUUGGAUGGUAUUUCUCAGUUUUUAACUACUCUUGAUGUUUACAUCUCUUCCGAAACUAAAGUAAGUGGAGAAAUGGAUUGGUAUGGUAUACUUAAAGUGAACCCCUGCGCUGAUGAUGAGACAGUAAGAAAACAUUACAGAAAGCUGGCUCUUACUCUUCACCCUGACGUUAACAAGUCUUUAGGCGCAGAAGGUGCUUUUAAGCUGGUUUCGGAGGCGUGGAGUAUGUUAUCAGAAAAGGACAAGAGACAGGCAUAUAACCAGGAUAUGAGUUUGAAAGGAUUUCAACACAAUGCUUCCAACCAUGUCAGAUCUCAGUCAGAAGGACCAUGUUCAAAUGGUUUUAAUAAUUUCAACAAGAAUGUGACUACAAAUGUGAGGAAUGGAAAUAAUAAAUGUCGUUUACAACCCACCUCAGUUCCCCCACCGAAAAAGUCUAGUACCUUCUGGACAAUCUGUAAACAGUGCAAGACGCAUUAUGAAUAUCUCAAGAUCUAUUUGAAUCAUACCCUUAUUUGUCCCACCUGUAACGAGCAUUUCUUGGCUGUAGAUAUGCCUCCGCCUCCCAAUAUUUUCAAGUCCGCAAAUCGGUCAAGCCAACAGCGUCAGAAAUCUCAACAUGAUGCUGCAGUGAAUAAUCCAGGAAGCAAUUGUACAGUUUCUCAAUAUGCAGGAGCCGGCGAUUCCUCUGGCAGACUGUUUAAGAGGGCAAGCUCUCAGUGGGGUCCUCAGUCCAAAACGGCUGGUUUCGGCAGCAGAGAUAGCUCAUCAUCUGUUGCUGCUCAAGCAGCAAAUGUUGUGCAGAAGGCAAGUGAGAAAGUGGCAAAAGACUCUGAGAGAACACCAUCAAUUACUGAAUGGGAGAGGAGUCAAAUGUUGAAGAGGGCUGAAGGUUCCUUUAAUAAGGUAGAAAAGACAUCGAAGAAGAGGAGGACAGAUGAGAUUCGCAUUAAUGGUGAUCUAGGAUACAUGAGUAAUCAUUUGGCCAUGGGACAUGGGGCUGCAGGAUUUGGUCAUGUUUCUGAAUCAAGAAAGGUUAGCUGGCAAACAGAAAGGACCUCUGGCUUUUCUGGUAUCACCAGCAAGCCCCAUAGCAUGAGAGAAUUAGGAAUGUUUGAAAUACGGAACAUGUUGAUGCAGAAGGCCCGAAGCGACCUUCGUAAGAAGGUUCAAGAAUGGAGAUCAACAGCUGAAGCUAAAAAUACCAAGAAGCACAAACAGAACAAGAGAACCAAAGCCACAUUGAAUGACAAAACACCUGAUUUGGAGAAUCAUGGUGAGUCCGCUUUUAAUGGUAGCCGGUAUCUGGACAGCGACUCAAUUAAGGUAGACCAAACCUGUAUAACGAUCAAUGUUCCGGAUUCAGACUUUCGCAAUUUUGACUUGGAUAGAACCGAAAAUUCUUUCGAGGAGGACCAGGUCUGGGCUGCUUAUGAUGAUGAUGAUGGGAUGCCUCGGUAUUAUGCUCGAAUCUACAAAGUGGUGUCCUUGAAGCCAUUUAAGAUGCGGAUCAGUUGGCUUAACUCUCGAAGCAAUAGUGAACUGGGUCCAAUAGAUUGGAUAGGUUCUGGUUUUUGCAAAACCUGUGGGGAUUUCAGAACUGGCAAGCAUGAAAUAACUGAAUCAUUAAAUUCUUUUUCACACAAGGUUAAGUGGUCAAAAGGCCUCAGAGGAGUUGUUCGCAUUUUUCCUGGAAAGGGGGAGGUUUGGGCUCUUUACAGAAACUGGUCUCCAGAUUGGAGCCAACGUACUCCAGAUGAAGUGAUACACAAGUAUGACAUGGUAGAGGUGGUUGAAGAUUUUGACGAAGACCAAGGUGUAGUGGUUUUCCCGCUUAUUAAGGUUGCCGGAUUUAGGAGCGUGUUUGAUAGGCACAGAGACCCUCAUGGGUUAAGGCGGAUUCCUAAAGAUGAGUUGUUUCGUUUCUCUCAUCAGGUUCCUUAUUACUUGCUUACAGGACAAGAAGCUCAUAAUGCCCCAAAAGGUUGUCGGGAGUUGGAUCCGGCAGCCACUCCGGUCGACCUCCUGCAGAAUACAACAGUAGCAAAUGAGGCAUCUGAUGAUGUUGGAAAACGUAGGGAAGACACAUUGCUCAGUUCAACCGAAAAGCGUGGGUUUGAGAUGCAGGAGAAUGACACCCCAAAAACAAGUACAGGAGAAAUGGUAGAUGGAGAUGGCGAAGCAGAGAAGCCAUGUUAGAUGAUCAUUGCACAGUAUAGAAUUGUAAGUUGAUGUGACCGCUCAUGCAAAAUAGUCUUUGAAAAUUCAUAAACGAUCCUCUCUUUUUUUUGUUUUUGGACCGAACAUAAAUGAUCCUCUUUGACUCUUGAUAAUUCCGUAGGUUUUUUGAGUGGUAUAAUUGGAUCGAUAAGGAUCCUCUGCUUUUGGGAUAGACAAUGCUGUUUUCUGACACAUGCCUAUUCUCACAGGUCAAAAGUACUUCCCUUCAUAGUUAUAAAAUGUUGUUUUUGGCCAAUAAACAAAAUUUUAUAAUUAGAAUUGAAGGUAGUAGCUUUCAUUGUUCUUCAAGGUU